AGAGGGCCGGAGAGGGCGGAGGGGGCCAGCCAAUGACCUGAAGGGUCAGCCCGCAGUUGCUAAGCGCUCCCCCAGUGGGAGGUGGUCUAAAAUGGGGUGAAGAGUGGUUCAAUGGCCCUUCACCUCACCCUCCUUCGGGCCCGCGGAAGUUAAGCAACCGAGAGGCGGGCCUAGGACCGGAAGCAGGAAGGAGGGCUCAGGAAGCAGGGCGCCGCGGCCAGUCGGACUGUCGAUGCGUGAGUCUGUCGGUCCGGAGGGCAGGAUGGAGAAGCUGCGGCUCCUGGGCCUGCGCUACCAGGAGUACGUGACUCGUCACCCGGCCGCCACGGCCCAGCUGGAGACGGCAGUGCGGGGCCUCAGUUACCUGCUGGCAGGUCGUUUCACCGAUUCGCACGAGCUGUCAGAGCUGGUCUACUCCGCCUCCAACCUGCUCGUGCUGCUCAAUGACGGGAUCCUACGGAAGGAGCUUCGGAAAAAGUUGCCUGUGUCGCUGUCCCAGCAGAAGCUGCUGACAUGGCUGAGCGUGCUGGAGUGCGUGGAGGUGUUCAUGGAGAUGGGGGCCGCCAAGGUGUGGGGCGAAGUGGGCCGCUGGCUCGUCAUCGCUCUCAUCCAGCUGGCCAAGGCUGUCCUGCGGAUGUUGCUGCUCAUCUGGUUCAAGGCUGGCCUCCAGACCUCACCCCCCAUCGUUCCACUGGACAGGGAGGCCCAGGCGCAGCCCCCGGGUGGUGGCCACAGCCCUGGCAGCCAGGAGCAGUCAUAUGUGGGGAAGCGGUCAAACCGAGUAGUGCGAACCCUCCAGAACACUCCGUCCCUGCACUCGAGGCACUGGGGAGCCCCCCAGCAGCAGGAGGGACGGCCGCGGCCACACCAGGAGGAGCUGAGCGUCACCCCCACGCCACUGGGGCUGCAGGAGACCAUCGCAGAGUCCCUGUAUAUCGCGCGGCCCCUGCUGCACUUGCUUAGCCUGGGCCUCUGGGGUCAGCGGUCGUGGACACCCUGGUUCCUGUCUGGUGUCGUGGACGUGACCAGCUUGAGCCUCCUGAGCGACAGGAGGGGCCUGACCCGGAGGGAGCGGCUGGAGCUGCGGCGCCGGACCAUCCUCCUGCUGUACUACUUGCUGCGCUCCCCUUUCUACGACCGCUUCUCUGAGGCCAGGAUCCUCUUCCUGCUCCAGCUGCUGGCAGACCACGUCCCCGGCAUCGGCCUGGUCACGAAGCCGCUCAUGGAUUACUUGCCCACCUGGCAGAAAAUUUAUUUCUACAAUUGGGGCUGAUGGACAUCUGGGAGUGGGGUGCGGGGAGGGGGCGGGCAGCAUGCUCUGCUGCGGUGGGCAGGGGGGGCCUCCGGGCUUCAGUCCCCUGGGCCCCUCUGCCCU